GAGACAACACUAUUCUGUCCACAUAAUUAUAUGCUUACUAUUUUAAUCUUAAACCAAGAAAUCCCCCUGCAACUUGGAAAUUAUUGACUAACUAUAUUUGUAUUUAUAUUAUAUUGGCUAUAAAUCAGAGAUCUGUUACACAAAAAAAAUAUAGCCCCUUAUCAUUGAGCUUUGCCAUCUCCUUCAACACAGGUCCAAUUUCUUCAAGAAUGGGAAGUUCCGGUGGAACCAGUUAUGGAGAAUACACAUAUGAAAACCUUGAGAGGGAACCCUACUGGCCUUCAGAGAAGCUCCGAAUUUCUAUUACUGGAGCUGGUGGAUUCAUUGCCUCACACAUCGCAAGGCGUCUGAAGACCGAGGGGCAUUACAUUAUUGCUUCCGACUGGAAGAAGAAUGAGCAUAUGUCUGAGGACAUGUUCUGUCACGAGUUCCAUCUUGUUGAUCUCAGAGUUAUGGAUAACUGUUUGAAAGUCACAAAAGGAGUUGAUCAUGUGUUCAAUCUCGCUGCCGAUAUGGGAGGUAUGGGCUUCAUUCAGUCCAACCACUCGGUUAUCAUGUAUAACAACACUAUGAUCAGCUUUAACAUGAUGGAGGCUUCACGAAUCACUGGUGUUAAGAGGUUCUUUUAUGCGUCGAGUGCUUGUAUCUACCCUGAAUUUAAGCAGUUGGAAACUAACGUGAGCUUAAAGGAGUCUGAUGCUUGGCCUGCGGAGCCUCAAGAUGCUUAUGGCUUAGAAAAACUGGCAACAGAGGAGUUAUGUAAGCAUUACAACAAGGACUUCGGAAUUGAGUGUCGCAUUGGACGUUUCCAUAACAUUUAUGGCCCAUUUGGAACAUGGAAAGGUGGACGCGAGAAAGCACCAGCAGCUUUUUGUAGAAAAGCUCAAACUUCCACUGAUAAAUUCGAGAUGUGGGGAGAUGGAAAGCAAACUCGAUCUUUCACCUUCAUUGAUGAAUGUGUUGAAGGCGUUCUGAGGUUAACAAAAUCGGACUUCAGAGAGCCUGUGAACAUCGGAAGCGAUGAGAUGGUAAGUAUGAAUGAGAUGGCCGAGAUGGUCCUCAGCUUUGAGGACAAGAAGCUUCCUAUUCAUCACAUCCCCGGACCAGAGGGUGUGCGUGGUCGAAACUCCGACAAUACUCUAAUCAAGGAAAAGCUUGGUUGGGCGCCUAGUAUGAAAUUGAAGGAUGGCUUGAGAAUUACAUAUUUCUGGAUCAAGGAACAAAUCGAGAAAGAAAAGGUGCAGGGUGCCGAUGUGUCUGUUUAUGGAUCAUCGAAAGUUGUGGGAACACAAGCUCCGGUUCAAUUGGGAUCCCUACGUGCUGCUGAUGGCAAAGAAUGAAGUAGAUGAAGCCAGGUGACUGAAUCUUUCAGUAGGCACAACGGCCUUCUUUGUUAGUUCCACCAUGUUUUGGUCGCGUGGAAUGUCUACCUAUUGAUAUAUUUAUAUUCUGUGUCAAAGCUUUUGUUUCACUUCACCCUCCUUGCACCUACAAAAUAACGCGAGAGAUGUAGUAGAUGCUUCCUUUCUGUAAUUUGUUUUCACUAUCUAAAUGGAUUUAUGGUAUUGUUCUAGUUUGUACGGGAUACCAGUUUGCUAUUUGCUAUCAA